UAGGCUCAAACAUCUCUCAUAUUUGUUUAUUGGUCAAACCCAGCAGCCAUUUUCGUAAGGUGGAAACUCGCGGCUUCUUGGUCCAGUUACUUUCUCCUCUUGUGAGUCUCAAGCGAGACUUUCCCUCACUCCCGCCGACCAGUAGUAGUAGGAGUGGCUUUUCAGCUCUCUAACAAUGGCGGCGGCAGCAGCAGACGAGGCCAUGCACAUUGAGAAGCCCUACCUGUUCGGCGAGCGACUCAACAAGUCCCAGAAUAUGAAAGACUACCAGGGGUUUACCAAUGCGGCAAAGAUGAGCCUGAAGUACAGGCAGCUCGCUGCACAGCUUAUUCAGAGGGUGUUAGAUUUCUUCCCCGAAUUUUCUUCGUCGUCACCGGCAAUAGAUAUUCACCUUGAUUUAAGUGAAAGACAAGUAGAACAACAGCUGGGGGUUCGAGUGCAAGCUAGCGGGGGGCAUCCCCUUUUCUUGAAGGACACCCGUGAAUAUAUCUUGAAGAUUGUACGCAUUCUUGUGCAAUCCCUACAAGCUGAUGAGUAUGUCGAGCGUGAUGCUGCGCGUAAGGCUCUUAUGGCCCUUUUGAGGAGCCUGGAUGUGAAAGCUUCUUUUACAGCCUUGUUCAAGCACAUCGGGACUGUUGAUGACCCAAGCCAAGAUGAUGUUAUUCGUGAGAAAUUCCUAAGCUUUAUCAGAGAUAAGGUAUUUCCUAUUAAAGCUGAAGUUCUGAAGCUUCAGGAGCAAAUGGAGAGGCAUAUUACUUACUUGAUAAAAAAGAUUCUAGAAGAUGUAACUGGAGCAGAAUUUAGAAUGUUUAUGGACUUCUUGAAAAGUUUGAACAUUUUUGGGGAGAAAGCUCCGAAAAAAUGCAUGGUAGAACUAAUUGGAAUCGUUGAAGGACAGGCUGAUUUAGAUGCUCAGUUCAAUGUUUCAGAUGCAGACCAUAUCGGCAGGUUGAUAUCUUACCUAUUUAUGGUCCUGCCAUUUAUUCUGGAUGGUGCGUCAAGCAGCAAAUUUCUCAUCCUUCCUGUUUUGGAUAAGCUUCCAAAUGAACGAAGGCUAGAAUUGCUCAAGGCCCUCGCAGAAGUUGCACCAUUCACCACACCAGAAGAUUCACGUCAUAUUCUUCCGUCUGUGGUUCAGCCUGUAAAGCAAACUGAAAAGCCGAAUACCACGACUCAGUGGCGAACCUCCAAUGACAUAUUGGCAAUGACUAAGGUACUGCUUUCAAAAGAACCUUCAUUUAUUGGAGACAAGAGCCUCAACUUGUCUUGGAAAGAACUGCCUAAAGCUGCUGUGCCUUCUAACAGACUGGCCAAAAGAUUCAAAGGGACUAGUACAGCGGCUGUUAUUGGAAGUCAUGAAGUGUAUCUAGUAGCAGAAAGCAGGUCAUCAUCAUCUGAAGAAGGUGAAAAAGGACGUAUUAAGUCUGGAAAUGCGGAUAAACUACGAGUGAUAAACGAUUAUAUUGUUGCUGCUUUGGCUGGAAACAGUGGAGAGUCGAUAAAGAUGAUUGAGGAGGCACAAAAAGCAGUGGGAGAAGAAAAUGAUAUAUAUAAAGUACAGACGGCAUGUGAGCAAUAUAUUACUGAAUGGAAGGGGAGACCAGGGAAUAAAGACAAAGGAUUCCCAGCUAGAGUUACCCUUUGCGGGUGGUAUGGAUCAGAAUUUGUGAUUGUUGUGGUGGGAUGGGAGAAAAAGGUGGAAAAAAACAAGGAUGUUUUAGUAGCAACUGGGAGCGGACAGGAAUAUGUUGAAGAAUAUGUAAAUGAUCAAUUGAGAGGGAACAAGUUUAAUGGUGAUCAAGAUUACUUAGAUUGUUUGUGUACAGGGGUUGCGUAUUCAUGCAUGCGCACAUCAUGGAGUGGGGGCAUUAUCAAGGCCGCUGUGGUCCCUAUGGGAGGCAAAGUAGAACUUUUGUGGCUCUCACAUGCAUUAGCAGCCCUCUGGUUAUAUCAUCAUGAUCUUAAAAAUUAUUGGGACAAGAGUUUGUUGUGUGUGAGUAGGGGCUUCAGAUAUUCACACAAGCGCGAGAUAGAUUUAAAGCAUAAGAUUGUAGGGCAUGUGGGAACAGUAGUGGCAUUCCAUGUGUUAGGUGUUAGCACUGACUAUAUAGUUAGGGUAAUAGAAUUUCCUACUAUUGAUGCCAAGGGGGCUGCAUUCCGUACUUUGGCAGUUCAGUUUCUUCAAGAGAAAGACAAGUUUAAUGUCUACAUACCCACAGCUGAUGCCAUUAAAUUGGUUAGCAAGGAGUUCGAAACUAUAAUUCCAGAAUCUGAUGACUUUUUGUAGAGUUCUUUCUGCUCAACUCUUUUUACUCUUUUUUCUUCAAAACAUGCUCUUUUUUGGUGGUAUACUUUGCUCUUCUUUGCAUCAUUGAUUGUACCAAAUGAUAUAUGAUAAAAUCAGAAAUCAAGGGUGAUGUAAAUGCAGAUGUUUCUCA